GCUGUAAGAGGUUUAGAGUAGCUUUCUGAGGGCAUAUGUUAGCCUCAAGUUUUAGUUUUAGUGAACAGUGAGGGACUAAAUCUGGAGAAAGCGUACGCGAAAACAACCCGAGAAGAAGCUAUAGGCUGAGUCACGAUGGGAAAUAGUGAAUCUAUAGCCAGUGAUCACAUCUCAGUUCCUGCCCAAGAGACCUAUAUGUGGUACAGAACAUUUAUGAUGGAAUAUCCAUCCGGCCUGCAAACCCUACAUGAAUUUAAGACACUUUUGGGUCUGCAAGGUCUGAAUCAAAAGGCGAAUAAACAUAUUGAUCAAGUUUAUAAUACCUUUGACAUGAACAAGGAUGGAUUUAUUGACUUCUUAGAGUUUAUUGCUGCUGUAAAUCUAAUCGUGCGAGAGAAACUGGAGCAAAAAUUAAAAUGGUAUUUUAAGCUGUACGAUACUGAUGGAAAUGGUUCUAUUGACAAAAAUGAGCUCCUAGACAUGUUCAUGGCUGUGCAAGCCCUCAACGGCCAGCAAACCUUGAGUCCUGAAGAAUUCACCAACUUGGUGUUUCAUAAGAUCGAUAUAAACAAUGAUGGAGAAUUGACUUUAGAGGAAUUUAUCAAUGGCAUGGAGAAAGAUCAGGAUCUCCUGGAGAUCGUUUACAAGAGCUUCGACCUUUCCAAUGUGCUGAGAGUGAUCUGCAAUGGGAAGCAGCCAGACACGGAGACACACUCCUACUUGUCGUCUGACGGAGCUGGUCUGGGGAAGGUGAAAAUGAAGUCUCCGUGAGGAGACCUUCCCCAGCUUUCAGUGAGCGCAAGAUGUCAGUAGAGAAGACAUACAAUCUUCCCCAUGUACAUGCUGUUGGUUUCAGGUCUUGAUUUUGGUUGACAUAAGCUUAUGAAUACAGCAUUUAUUUUAAUCCAGUAGAGACUUCCAUAAAGGUCCUGCACAGAUGCAUUGUCGCUUUUCUGUGUCUACAUUAGCACUCUCUCUGCAGACUGAAACAUCAUGA